CUCUAAGUCAGGAAGGAGGCCAGAAUCUUGCAGUUAAAAUCUUUGCGGGAAUUGAAUUUCCACAUUCCUUUUCACAAAAGCCCCUCUUGCUGGAUAUUUGCUAUUCUUCCAAUGAUGUCAGGCCAGGAACUGGCUGAAGUGGUUCAAAUUGCAGUGGAAGAUUUACAUCCAGGCCAUCAUCCAGUUGUGCUGGAGAAUCAUGAAGUGACCGAGGAGGAUUUGUCACCAACUUUGAAGCGCCAGCGAAUAGAAAUCAACUGCCAGGAUCCAUCUAUUAAGUCAUUUCUGUUUUCAAUCAACCAGACAAUUUGCUUAAGACUAGACAGCAUUGAGUCCAAAUUACAGGUACUUGAAGCAACAUGUAAGUCAUUAGAAGAAAAACUGGACCUCAUAAUGAACAAACAACAAAAUCCAGUCCAAGUUCCAGUGGUUGCUGGUUCACCACUUGGAGCCACACAGACCUGGAAUAAAGUACGAUGUGUUGUACCGCAGACUACAGUAAUACUGAACAGUGAAAGACAAACCCCAGGUGUGACUAAACUGGAGGGUCGCGAAGAGUCUAUAAACAGUUCAACAGAAACCCUUGAAAACAUGCUGAAUAGUGCAGUUCCUGGAAGAAGACACAACACAAUUGUAGUGAAAGUUCCUGCCCCUGAGGACAGCCACAAUGAUGAUGACAAUGACAGUGGUUCUGAGGCUAGUGAUACACUGUCUAAUUGCGGUAAUUCAGGAAACCCAAAUAUGGGCAACAAUGUCACCCUGAUCACCUUAAAUUCUGAAGAGGAUUAUCCUAAUGGUACAUGGUUGGGGGAUGAACAUAAUCCAGAGAUGAGAGUAAGAAGUCCUAUAACAGCAGCUGACAUGCUGCACAUCAGUACCAACUGUCGAACAGCUGAAAAGAUGGCGCUUACUUUACUUGAUUAUCUUUUCCAUCGAGAAAUCCAGGCUAUCUCCAACUUGUCAGGCCAGGGGAAACAUGGGAAAAAGCAACUGGAUCCAUUAAUGAUCUACGGAAUAAGAUGUCAUCUAUUCCAUAAGUUUAGAAUCACAGAGUCUGACUGGUAUAGAAUCAAGCAGAGCAUUGAUUCAAAAUGCCGGACUGCCUGGCGUAGAAAACAGAGAGGUCAGAGUCUUGCAGUAAAAAGCUUUUCACGGAGAACACCCUCUUCCUCGUCAUAUAGCACCACAGAAGGUGUACAGAACACUGUGUCCUCAUCCAGUGACUUGCAGCAAACAUCGCCUCAGGCUCUGCAUUAUGCACUAGCCAAUGCUCAGCAGGUUCAGAUCCACCAGAUUGGAGAGGAUGGACAAGUCCAAGUGGGACAUCUCCACAUUGCUCAGGUGCCGCAAGGAGAGCAAGUGCAGAUCACGCAAGACAGCGAGGGUAAUCUGCAGAUUCAUCAGGUCCAUGUUGGUCAGGAUGGGCAGGUUCUUCAGGGAGCCCAACUGAUAGCGGUAGCCUCUGCCGAUCCAACUGCUGGUGUGGUUGAUGGGUCACCACUUCAAGCCAAUGAUAUUCAAGUCCAGUAUGUUCAGCUUGCACCAGUCGCAGAGCCAUCAGCAACAGCCCAGGCGGUAGAACCUCUACAGUCUGCACUUCAGCCAGAAAUGCAUAUUGAACAUGGGUCUAUCCAGAUUCAGUAGUCUGAACCGUCAAAGAUCAGGGCAAUUCCAGAAAAUGACCAGUAGAUUUGGGUCGGUGUAGAGUCGACAUGUUCCUUCAGCUUGCAGCAUGAAUAAUGUGAUCAGUAACCACUGCUUAGAAUGUGCGUAGGAUAUCAGGUACCCUGGUCAGGUACCUUAACAUUUCCAUGGUUCCUUCAUAGAAUAAAACAUAUUUACUACCUGGUGACAAUUCUUACGGUAAAAAUGUUUUUCAGUAUCCAACUAAAAUCUGAAUGGGACAGAUGAAAGGAAAUUCUUUAACUGGUUUGUACGCAAUAAUAUGCUAUUUUUUUAUCUUCUGUAUUGUUUAUAUCCAAAAGAUAAAAUUGCUUAUCAGAUAUGGAAACGUCAGUGGUCUUCAUUAUCUGCAGAAUUCUCCUUUUGUGUUUUUCCUAAUUUCCUUCCCUAGAUUUCCCCAAGGUUUUGAGAUCACACUUAUUGUAUGACAGAGGCCUACUAUGUUAUUUAAAGCUUAACAUCCCUAAAUUGUGAAUAUUUUGCAAUUCAUAUUAGCUUUGAAGUAAUCUGUAUCUGCUUUCAAUGCUUUGAAUGACAAAAGGUAAAAUAAAAAUUGUAGUGAACAAUUAUAA